CGUCGGCCUACUUUUUUACCUGUAACAAUAAUAUAACGAACGUCGAGUGCCUAGCCGACGAUCGGAUCCGGCCGUUGUACUGUUUCUGUAGUACAACUCUUACCGUUAGCAAGUGAAGCUCGCCCGGAAUCGGUCUCGGCCGGCCGUGGACAGAUCGCCGCCUCCUUCGAUUAUUAUUAUGUAUGUUUUCUAACGCUCUCGGAUACUCACGUGUCGCGAAUGUGACUGUAUACAAGCAUAGUUCGGGUAUCGUUUUUUUUUUGGGGGAUUUUUGGCGCUUAAAGUUUUUUUUUUUUUUGGGGAUUUUUUAUUAUUUUUUUUUUUCGUAUUUUUUGUGAAUGGAUACUAGCUGUGAUCAAUGGAAAAGGAUGUUUUCUUUAGGAAUUAUGACCCUAACGCGCACCCCGUGUGAGCUCGACAAGAUGAGCCUCUUUCAAGAUUUGAAGUUGAAACGAAGGAAAGUGGAUUCGCGCUGCAGCAGCGACGGCGAAUCCGUCGCCGAUACGAGCACCUCGUCGCCCGAUCUCCUCAGCCCAUCGUCGCCCAAAAUGCCCGACGCCGUUUCGUGCCCGUGCCCGUGCCCGCCCAGUCCGGAUUCGACGCCCGGCGUCGGCGGCGUCGGCGUCGCCGUCGCCCAUCUACACCACCACCAGCCCGAACCUACGCACGACAAAAUGCCCAGCCGUCUCGAGGAAUCCGGCGUUUUCGACGGCGGCGGCGGCGGCGGCGGCACCGCCAGCGUCAUCAGAUCCCUACCGGCGAUGAUGCGAUCGCAAAGCCCGCCGACGCGACCGGCGCCGCCGUUCAGCCCGUCCCACCAACCGCCGCGACCGCACAGUUCGCCCGGGCGACCGGCGAACGCGAGCCCGCGCGCCAGCCCCGUCAUCCGGCACGCGCCGCUCCUCCUCGUCCAACCCGCCUCUAGUCCGACGCCACCCAAAACGACGCCACCGCCGCCCAAACAGGAACCCACGUCGUCGGUGGCGCCACUGCCACUAUCGCCCAACCACCACCACCACCAAUCCCGCGUGGUGAUCAUCAACCAACAAUCCAACCUCAUCAAUUUGAACGUCAACCAACCGCCGCCUCCGCACCAACAAUCGUGGUUGAAAAACUCCCGCAUCAACGGCGUCAAACCGGAGUUGAUCGGCGGCAAUUUCCCCGACAUCAAACCGCCUUGUAGUCCGUCGGGCGUCAGGACGCCCGCCCGCCAAGCGCCCACCGUCAUAAUGGGCGAAGCGGGCGGCGUGCGUACGAUGAUCUGGUCGCAACCGACCGCCGCCGCCGCCCUCGAACCGCCCCCGACCACCUCCAACUGGCCGCCGGCGGCCGGGCCCGACGAGAGCGCCGCGCAGCUGUUGCUCAACUUGGGCCAAGACCGCCUACGAGCGGCGGCGCAGCGACCGCCGACGCCCGCCUCCCAGUACGCCGGCGCGCCGCUCAACAUGGAGCGGCUGUGGGCGGGCGACGCGCGCCAACUGCCCGCCGCCAAUCAAACGCAGGCGCUCAACCUCAGCUAUCCGCCCGUCUACGAGCCCAAGACACCUGCGGGGGUGGGAGCGGGGGCGGCGCCCGGCGGCGGCGAGUCGAUGCAGGUGGAGUCGCACGACGUCCAGGAGGAGGAGGACCAGCCGAUGAUUUGCAUGAUAUGCGAGGACAAGGCGACAGGGUUGCAUUACGGUAUCAUCACCUGCGAGGGUUGCAAGGGGUUCUUCAAGAGGACGGUGCAGAACAGGAGGGUGUACACGUGCGUGGCCGACGGGAAUUGCGAGAUUACCAAAGCGCAGCGGAACAGGUGCCAGUAUUGCAGGUUCAAGAAGUGCAUCGAACAGGGUAUGGUGUUGCAAGCGGUAAGAGAGGACCGGAUGCCGGGCGGUAGAAACAGCGGCGCCGUCUACAAUUUGUACAAAGUGAAAUACAAGAAACACAAAAAGGCUUCGACGAAGCAACAACAAACGAAGCCGCUGGGCGGUCACCAGCACCAGUUCAAGCAAGAGCAGCAAUUCAAGCAGGAGCAGCAAUUCAAGCAGGAACAACCGCACAGUAUUCCCUCCAACCUAGUCAACGGGACUAUCCUGAAGACGGCCCUGACCAAUCCGAGCGAAGUCAUCCGCCUCCGACAGAGGUUAGACAGCGCCGUGAGCAGUUCCAGGGACAGAAACUUCUCCGUCGAAUACUCCCUGUCGAUGAUCAAAACCCUGAUCGAUUGCGACGAGUUCCAGGACAUCGCGACGUUACAGAACCUCGACGAAUUGCUCGAUCACAACACCGAUUUGAGCGAGAAACUGUGCAACAUCGGCGAUUCGAUCGUGUACAAAUUGGUGCAAUGGACUAAACGGUUACCGUUCUAUUUGGAAUUGCCCGUCGAAGUGCAUACGCGAUUGCUCACCCACAAGUGGCACGAGCUUUUGGUGCUGACUACCUCCGCCUAUCAGGCCAUACACAAGGCCUCCGAACAGAUGACGGCUUUGUUGGAGACCGAUUUUACCCAGGAGGUGGAAACGAACCUGUGCACCCUCCAGAACUGCCUGAUAUCGAUGAUGGGCAGGGAGAUCACGAUCGAGCAACUCCGCCAGGACGUCGGUCUGAUGAUCGAACGGAUCACGCACGUCACGUUGAUGUUCAGACAGAUCAAAUUGACGAUGGAAGAGUACGUGUGCCUUAAAGUUAUCACUAUGUUAAAUCAAGCGAAACCUGCCAGUAGUUCGGGACCCAGCGAUUUGGAGACCAUCCACGAGAGAUACAUGACCUGUUUGCGGGUCUACACGCAGCACAUGUACCCUCAGCAAACGACUAGAUUCCAGGAUUUGCUAGUUAGGUUACCCGAGAUCCAAUCGGCGGCGUCCCUUCUGCUCGAAAGCAAAAUGUUCUACGUUCCUUUCCUGCUGAAUUCGGCGAUUCAGAGGUAGUACCAAAAACACGACCCUUUAUAGAUGAAUUUACCCCAACCCCCCAACCCCUCACUCGCAGCCUCCUCUGAGUUAUUGUAAAUAGAGGAAUAAUCCGUUGGGCGAUGCGCGUGCGCGGUACCGAUUUGUCGACGACGAGUACUGUAAAUUAAUGUCCGAAACGUUUUUUACGCGUCGAUUUACGCUCAGAGAAUCACAGACUGAUUUGCUGCUGCUGAUGAUGAUGAUGAUGAUGAUGAUGAUGAAUUUUUUUUUGUUUCCGUCGCUUUCGCUGAGCCUAAAUCCCCCCUAUCGAGAGCAUAAAACGAAAAAUGUUUACUGGAAAUUUGGCUUUACUAGGAAAUUUUCGUUUCCUAAAUUCGCCGUUGGUAAUAAUGUAGUGCGCUGUUGCCGAGUAUUUGUCGUUUUAUUUGAUUUAAGGAAAAGUUAAAAAUGUUAAUUCCAUUAAAAGUAAUUGAAAAUUAUUUGUAUAAGCAAUCUAAUAUAACACAAAUUGACACAGUAACAUUUGGCAACAGCGCUAUCGAAACGAAUACACGAUUCGUUUAAUGUGCAGAAGAAGUUGCGCAUUCGUCAAAGUACAUUAAAAUUGGAAUGCGAAUGAUUGGAAUAAAAGUUUAUGCACUUCUCAAGGCCGUUUCCUGUUUGUUGUCUAACCGGAGGUUUUUUUUUUAUUAAUAAAUUACGCGUUGACCUAGGCUGCAGUUUAUUCAUUUCAUUGUGAAAUAUACAGGGAAAAUUUUGUGUAUUCGUUUUUCGUAUUAUGCUCGAUUUACAACCGAAAAUAAAUACAUGUACAUGUUAUAUACAGUAAGAGAAAAAAAUAAAUGGAAAUAUUGUGUACGGAGAUGCCGCUACAUAAGUCUGAAUCAGUUGCCUUCUAAUUGUGGUAAAGAGCGAACGGUUCGAUUUUCGAUCGAUCGCCGAUAAUCCUUUUUUGAAACCAUUUUUUAAUUCUUAUUCCUUUUUAUAAACGUUUACACCGUUUUUUUCUACGUUUUACAUCACGCCUAGACUUUAUUGUAGUACGUAAGGUUUUACUUUUAACUGCCAUUUUUUAUUAGCUCGAAAACAAGACUCUUUUUUUUAUUGUUCGAGAACUAUUCGAAUUUUUAUUUUAUACAGGGUGUUAAUUAUUUAAAAUCGUCCAAAUAUUCACAUCCUGAAGUAUCGGCACUUAAUUAAAUAACAUCCUGUAUUUGUUUGUUUUUUUUUUUAUUAGAUGUUAUUAUAUUUGGUAAUAAUUUCAAAGCAGGAGUAUCUAAAUUCUUCUAUCUUCCACUCUUCUCUUUAUUACUUUCUUCUAUUACUACCAUUUUCUUACGUACUAAAUAUUCUGUAUAAUAAAUUCUAAAUACUCCUGUUUUUUUUUUAAAUAAUUAAUUGUAAUAAGAAAACACUUAACCAGCUGUACACUGCCAAGAGUACUAUCGAUCUAGUUUUAAUCAUAAACUAGCAAGUACCGUUCGUGUCAAUUUAGGAUUAAAAAAACAUACUUAUUUGAGUAAUUGAUUACUGCCCAAAGACUCUAAAUUUACGCGUAAUUGUGAUUUUUAUUUUGUUGUUGUUAGACGAGGCGGUAAAUUUAGUAAUUUUAUAUAUCACUUAAAUGUAUGGAAAUGUAAAUACCUCGAUGAAAACUGCCCUUUGUAUUUCGUUAUUAUUAUUAUUUUCCUCGUAUUCUCGUCAAAAUAUGGCGUGGCGAUUGAUCGAAAACGCGAUUUCGCUCGGAUUACUUCACGAAAAUAUCUUAUAUAUUUACAUUAGAUAUUAUAUGAAAUAAAUGUAUCUAUGAGAUAAAUGAAAAUGUAAGAGUACUAUUAUAGGGACACUGGUUGUUUUUAAUUGUAAUAUAUCGAAGUGUGUGUGUGUGUGGAGUUACCAACUGUUUUAAAUACGGCAAAACAGAAAAAAAAUCUAAUGUUAGUUUAUCGUGGGCACUUUGAGAGUUUAAAAUGGAUCAAAUUUUAUCACUCGAUUUUUCCAGUGUCCUUGUAAUAGCGCCGAGAAAAAUUAUGUAAUGACUGCCAAUUUUGUACGUAAGUUACCAGUGCAACCAAGUAUGUGUACAAAUUCGUCGUUCCUUUUUUUUUUAUUUUGAAACUAUUACUCUUUUUCACGUGUACAUUAUGGAAGAUAUACAAUUUGUUUAUAUUUAUUUUGAGUAACAGUAUAUGUUUUUGUACAAAAAGAAAAAUUUUAUAGUUGUACUUACUAGUUUUGCGCGCCGGCUAAAUCCGUUUCUUUUUAUUAUAAAAUAAUUGUUUCGGUUAUUUCGAAGGAGAUUCGCAUUUGAAAUGGUCCGAAUGCGACGCGCCUAAUCUGACACGAAAACUGUUUUUACGACAGCGAUGUCAUUAAAAAUCUUUUUUAAGAAAAUUUGUAUAUAAUAUUAAUAUAUUUAGUAGGUAUAUAGGUAAUUGAAUUUUGUGUUGGAUUAUUAUCUAUAUAAAUUCGUUACGUUGCGAUUUUAAAAGUUAAAUUUCCGGAUUCUAUUUUUAUGCAUCUUUAGAGUAUUCGGACCGUAAAAAUGGCCUUUAAGUGAUAUACACAUAUAUAUAUUAUACACGACGGAUUUAGUUGUACGCGUAAAUAUAUAUAGAGAAAAGAAAUCUAUGAUUACCUGAUGUAUCGUACAUCGCCUUGAGUUACCGUUAUUUCUGUUAAUUAACAUAAGGUUAUCUGAGCUUGUUUAUUAGAAAAUAAAACAAAUUAUUAUUAUAAUUCAGCGUACAAUACUUUACAAUACUUUUAUAUAUUCG